AUGUGUGAUAAAGCGUGGAAGCAUUGUACGGAGAGCAGUGAUAAAAUAAAUACUGCAUUUGUGUGGGCAACUGUUACUUCUGGUAGCUUCUACACUCAAGCAGCUCACUUAACAAGUCUUAUGGAUAUUCCAACAAAGUCAGCUAAUAAAUUUCGCCGUGAUGAAAAAAAAUUAGGCAGUGUGUGGUUUGAGCAUUUGACAGAGGAAAUUAAAACUGCUGGUGAACAAGAAAGAUCAAUUGCUAUUCAAAAAGGUCACGUGUCUUCAGACGGUGUUCCGUUUAUUAUUGUAUAUGUAGAUGGAGGAAGAUUGAAAAGGUCAUACGGACAUAACUUUGAUUCAUCAUCAGGUAUGGCCUGCAUUAUUGGUAAAGAAACAAAGAAAUGUCUAUAUCUUGGUGUUAGAAAUAAAUAUUGUUAUAAUAUUAUGAGAGGAGAAACAAGGAUAUGA